AUGAAGGGCAGCCGCCGUCAGCCUGCGGCCGCCUCUCAGCAGCAGCCGGCAGCCCCAGCCUCUCCCACCACCAAGGGCACCGCAAAGUACACCAACAAGGACGGUUCCAAGUUCAUAACCGUGCCCAAAGUUGCCUCAUCCACUGCCGACCAACUCUCCCCCACUGCCGCGUCGAUGCCGUCGCCGUCGCCCGCGUCCGCGCCCGCUCCUGGCGCCGACGAGGCCGCCCCUCCAGUCAAUCGCAAGAAGGCCAAGAGGCGGGCAAAGGCAGCGGCCAAGGCAGCAGCCGAGGCCGACCUGACUAGAAGUAUCGUCAAUGGCCUCCCUAGCCCCGCGGCAUCUGGUAGCCACGGCUCCAAGCCGUCGAUCCCCGAGCCCGAGUACAGCGACGACGACCACGCGCACUACCCUAAUCACCAGACUCACGGCAACGGCCACGCGCCACCCCUCGCGUCCAAGUCGAGGAAGAAGAAGGGCAAGAAGGGUGAUGGUUCAGUGGCGUCAGCCAUGUCAUCAUCACGGCAUCCUGCAAGCGCACAUUCACACUCGGCAGCUGGUGACCACGGCCCGCCGCCGCUCGAGCACAGCCUCUCCCGCGCAUCCGGCAUCUCCAAGGAGAAGAUAUGGAACACCAGUUCCCAGGAGGAGCGCCAGCGGAUCAAGGAGUUCUGGCUCGGGCUGGGAGAGGACGAGCGCAAGUCGCUUGUCAAGGUCGAGAAGGAUGCCGUUCUUAAGAAGAUGAAGGAGCAGCAGAAGCACACGUGCAGCUGCACCGUCUGCGGCCGGAAGCGGACAGCGAUCGAGGAGGAGCUAGAGGGCCUGUACGAUGCCUACUAUGAGGAGCUCGAGUCGUUUGCGAACCAACCCAAUCACAAUGGCGAGGCUCCCCCGAUGCUCGGGCCGUCUAGGCACUUCGCCUCAACCGGAGGCUACACAUCCCAGGUCAUGCCAUCGAGCUAUCCACCGCAGCAGCCCUCACGCGGACGUAUAGUCGAGCACGUGGGCGACGACGAGGAGGAGGAGGGUGACGACGACUACAGCGAGGAUGAGGAGGAUGAGGAGGACGAGGACGAGGAGGAGGAGGAGAACGAGUACAGCGACGAGGAGGAGCCCGAGGAAAUCCACCGUGACCACCCGACGGAACACCAGACGGACUUCUUCAACUUUGGCAACUCUCUGACUGUCCAGGGUGGCAUCCUCACUGUGGCCGACGACCUCCUCAAAAACGACGGCAAAAAAUUCAUAGAGAUGAUGGAGCAACUGGCCGAGCGCCGAAUGGCCCGUGAAGAGGACGCCAAGGACCAAUACUCGGGCAACUACCCCCACGCCGUUAACGGCGCCAACUACCCCGCCCACAGCCAUCCGCCACCGCCCGAGGAUGAGGAGGAGUACGAAGAGGACGAGGAGGAGGAGGAGUACGACAGCCAGGAGGAUGAGUACGACGAAGAAGAGGACACGAUGACCGAGGAGCAGAGGAUGGAGGAGGGGCGUCGCAUGUUCCAGAUAUUCGCCGCCCGCAUGUUCGAACAGCGCGUGCUCACAGCCUACCGGGAGAAGGUGGCGAGAGAGCGGCAAGAGAAGCUGCUGGAAGAGCUGGCUGAGGAGAGCCGAGAGGCGGAUCAGCGCAAGGCCAAGAAGGCAAAGGAGGCGCAGAAGCGCAAGGACAAGCUUCAGCAGAAGAAGCAAGCCCUUGCCGAGGAGAAGGCGCGGAAGGAUGCCGAGCGUGCUGCCGAAGAGGCCGAGCGGCUAGCCGAGGAGCAGCGCAAGGCCGAAGAGCAGCGGCAGAAGGCCGAGGAGCGACGGAGGAAGAAGGAGGCACAGAAGAAGGCCGAGGAGGAGGAUAGGUUGAGAAAGGAGGCCGAACGCCUACGACGCCAGAACGAGCUCAAGGAGCGGCAGGCGGAGCAGGAGCGGAAAGCGCGCGAGGCCAAGGAGAAGGAAAAGAAGGCCAAGGAGGAGGCCAAGCAAAAGGAGAAGGCUGCACGCGAGCAAAAGGAGCGCGAGGCUCGAGAACGCAAGGAGAAGCAGGAGAGGGAGAGGCAAGACAGGGAGGCCAAGGCCAAGGCCGAGAAGGAGGCCAAGGAGAAGCAGAGGAGGGAGGAGCGGGCGGCUCAGAAGGCUGCGACCCUCGCCAAUGCACCGGUGCCGAUAACGCUGGUUAAGCGCCCGUCCCAGCAGCAACCGAGUGCAGCUCUCCCGGUCCUCCCACAGAACCCUCCCGCCAGCGUCGCGUCGCCGCAAAUCCCAGUCGCCACACCCGUUAUUCCCAAGCUCCCAACCCCUGCGCGGCCCAGACAGGCGUCUCAGCAAGACCCGAACACGGCGCCCUCGGGGCCCGCCCCGUCGAUGCAUGGAGCAUAUGCCCAGUCCAUGGUGACGGGCCAAAAUACCAUGCCAGAGGCGACCACGCCCGUGCACAUGAGCCCGGCGCCCCUCGCGCAACUGGGCAGAGUUGGUAACCACGGCGCGUCUCCUCUCGACACAGCAACACGGCUAGCUAGCAUGCAGCAGCAGCAGCAAUCGCCGCACCAACCUAACUAUCUACAGCAGCAGCAACCACCUCUGCCGCCGCCCCACGGCAUGGGCUUCGGGGCCCCACUGAGCCUCUUUGGCGGAACAGGCCCCAUGAUCCCCCCUCCUGGUUUUGGGGGUCGCCUGGGACACGACAACAUGUUCCCCACAGCUAUGGGCGCAGAGCGGUUCAGGACCCCAAGCUCGCCGGGACCGCCCGGUCUCGGCAUGCCGAUCCCUUCGAUGAACGGACAUCCAGGCCGUGGUGGCUUCGGUCCCAUGCCGCCUCCGCCAGGAUUCGCGCAGACGCCCGAGCUUGCCACCAUCGGCACGUACGGAAGCCUGCCCAAGGACUCGCCCAUCGGACUGCAGUCGCACUCGAGACACGCGUCGUCGGGCUUUGACUCGCCUGCACCGCCCAUCUCGCGCCCUGCCCCGAUCGGCCAUCCCGGUAGCGUCGUGCAAGGCCAUAGGGGUUCGCUAAGCGCCGCUGGGGACGACGAGGAAGGCGGGGACCUCAGCGACCCGCCUCACCUAGGCUCGAGCGCCCUGAUCGAUGACGAGGACGAACCUCUGCCCGAAUUCAACAGCCUCCCCCGGCGAGGUGUCGCUCCAGGGCCCCGCGGGUUUCCACCAGUGGCCCCGGGGCCGUUCGGAAUGGACCCAACGGGCGCUUUUGGAUCGCCUCUGUGGAGCCACCCCGGGCCGUCACACCUGGCAAGUCCCGGCGGCCUCUUUGGACACACGGCCCCGCCGCCCGGCUUCGGAAGCAUGGCCCCCCUGCCGUCGGCCAUGCCCUGGGGCACGUCGCCGACCUAUGUCGCGCCUGGCCUCGCACGACCCCAGGCGAACCGUUCGGUCCAGAUCCGGCUACUCCUCUGCCGCGCGUGCCAGGAGCUCAGCGAGCUCAGAUCCAAAGCGUCGACGCCCGACCGGUCUGGCGGCAGCAAGACGCGGACGCCGGACCCUGAGAAGGGUUACAACUCUCUCCAAGACAUCAAGGCGCAGAUCGACAUCAUCAACCCUGGCGACAUAGUCACAGUGGCGGAGCUUCUCGACCUGUGCGACACGGAGGGCAACCAGGCGAAUGGGGGCGGCAGCUUCGAGACUCGGCAAGACGACGCGACGAACCAGGUUCACGUCCGCUGGUUACCUACCGACAGUGACCAAGUUACGCAGCGAGCAGUGGGUCGCAGUCUGGGCGAGAUCGGCAGCCCCAUUAUUGGUGGGGGAUCUGGAAGCAGCAACUCGCCGUGGGGAACACCCGUGGGGGGCCGAUAG